AUGCACCAAGCACUGUUCGUCAGUGACUCGUGUGUCCCCUGGGGCUUCAGCUGGGCCCGGCUCCUGGACAGUAUCCUAGGGCUGGGGGCACUAGGAGCGACAAUUCGAACAGUCUUCUCGACAGCUGGCCUAGCCCUGUUGCUCCUACUUCUGGUCAGCUUCCUGGCCUUUGACCUGCUCCAUGGGCCCACAGGUCCUAUCCUGCCACGACACAGACUUCUUCCAAUGGGUCAGAGCCAGGGGGCUGGUGAAGGUCCAGGACAGCAGGCAGCUGCCCUCUUCCACACAGGGCUGGUCUCAGGACUACUCAGGUUCCAGGAUGCACUGCUCCUGCUGUUCUUGGGCCUGGGUCUGUUUUUGGGAGGCUCUGGUAUACCCUUAGCCCUGCUGGGCCUGGCUUUCUGCCUCCAUCCUUGGGCCUGA